AUAAAGUAAAAGCAAUAAUUCAAACAUAUAUCCUUGUUCAUCGAUGCUCUCUUGGUAAUCCGACCAAUUUGUCGAUUGUCUUUUUUAUGAUAAUCUACAUAUCAAAACGUCAAUAUUAUAUCUUCCAACAAGUUUGGCAGUUAGCAGAAAUUUCAUAUUUGACGCAACAUGGCGCCGAUAGACAAUUCGCCAAGAGAAAACAUGGGAGCAUUUGAUUUUACAUAUUCAAUUAAAGCAAACGAUACGAUACCGCUGCACAUUUAUAAAUCUAGAGACACUGGAAUUACGGUUUGCAUAGCAGAUGUCGAAGGACCGGUUGUAAACGGCUUCUUCUGCCUCGCUACUGAAGCACACGACGACGAUGGACUACCUCACACGUUGGAGCAUCUUAUCUUCCUUGGAAGUGAAGACUAUCCAUAUAAGGGUGUUUUAGAUUUGCUGGCUAAUAGAUGUUUAGCAUCUGGCACCAAUGCUGCUACACAAGUCGAUUGCACCUUUUACACUAUGACAACUGCUGGCAGCGAAGGAUUUUUAUCUUUAAUGCCUAUAUAUCUUGAUCACAUUCUUUAUCCAACACUUACGGAUUCAGGCUUUCUGACUGAAGUACAUCACAUCACUGGCGAAGGUGAAGAUGCGGGUGUGGUCUAUUGCGAGAUGCAAGGGAAAGAAAAUGAAGGAGAAUAUUUGGUUUACGUAGAAUUAUCUAGAGCAAUUUUCCCUGGCAAAUGUGGCUACAAAUCUAUCACUGGAGGAGCGUUAAAAAAUCUAAGAGAAAGUACUACUAAUGAGAAAGUAAAAAAAUACCAUCAACAGUUUUAUAGACCAGAGAAUAUGACGAUUAUAAUCACUGGCCAAGUAAAGCAUGCCGACGUGUUCAAAGCAUUGCAGGCUAUAGAACACAAAAUAGUAUCGAAAGGAAGAAGAGGCUUCUUUAAAAGGCCUUGGCAAGAUCCAGUACCGCCUCUAACUGAAAGUAUAGAUUUAGACGUGUAUUAUCCUUGCGAUGAUGAAGACAAUGGAAUUGUUCAAAUUGCUUGGCGGGGACCAUCCGCUGUUAAAGAGAUCUACGAUCUUAACGGUUGUACUUUGCUCCUGAAAUACCUCUCAGAUACGUCGGUUAGUCCAUUGCAAAAAGAAUUUGUCGAAAUCGAUGAUGCGUAUGCUAGUGACGUUCAUCAUACGCAUACGGAAUACUCGGUAUCUAUAUUAUAUUUGGCAUUUCAAUGCGUGCCAAAAUCGAAAAUUCCACUAAUAAAAGAUCAACUGCUUCAAGUAUUAAAUAAUGUACACAAAAACGGCAUUAACAUGAAACGAAUGAAGACGGUUGUUCAUAGACGUAUCCUGGAAACGUUAAGUAGUUUAGAAAACGAACCUCAUGAUACAAUCGCCAACAUGCUUUUCGGCUACGCGCUUUACGGCCACACUAAAGAAGAUUUGGACCAAAGAACUAAUCAAGUGGAAGAUCUGAAGAAAUUGAAGACCGAGCCCGAGUCCUACUGGUUAAAUUUAUUAAAAAUGUAUUUCCUCGAUUCUCCGUUCGUAAUGGUCAAAGGCAUUCCCAGUUUGGAGAAAAGACAGGAGUUAAGUGAGAAAGAGAAAAAUCGUAUUGUCAAGCAAAUUGAAGAUUUAGGUAAAGAUGGUCUUCAGCAAAAAGAGAAAGAUUUGCAAGAAGCGAUCGCUAAGAAUGAUGUACCAGUACCCGAUGAAGUUUUAAGUUCGGUUCCCAUACCUUCGACGCAUCUUCUUAAUUUCCACUACAUUAAAAGUUAUACAACUGAAACCAGUAAACAGCAUUCCAGAUUUGAUGUUUCAAAACUGCCAUUUUAUACGUACUUGGAUCAUGUUAAUACAAAUUUCGUUUAUAUGUCGGUUAUUAUGAAUACGUCAAACGUUAAAAGAGAGUAUAAACCUUACAUUCGUUUGCUGUUGGAAACAAUCGGGCAAUCCCCGGUAUUCCGAAAUGGCGAACUCAUUUCAUACGAGGAUGUUGUAGCUGAAUUAGAAGCAGAUACCAUACAGAAUGAUACUAGCAUAGGAAUCGAAGCUUAUUCCUCAAAAUUCACAUGUGGAUCAUACAAUUACUGUGCCAUUCUAUCGCUCCGACUUGAGAUAGAAAAAUAUGAUAACGGCGUGCAGUGGAUUAAAGAACUUUUAUAUGAAUCUAAACUAACUCCAGACAGAUUAAAAAUAAUAGCUGCAAAGAUGGUGAACGAUGUCGCUCAAGCUAAAAGGAGAGGAAAUGGUGUCGUGAUCGAGUUGAUGAAAGGACUACUUUAUAAUAAAGAUAGCAACGUUUUCACAUCGAGUAUGUUGCGGCAACAGAAGUUUCUUAAUAAUCUUUUGGAACGUUUGAACGAUGAAACUGGACAAAAGGAAGUUUUGUCUGAAAUCGAAUCUGUUCGAGAGCUAAUAACGUCGCCUAAGAAUGUAGUGUUGUACGUGGCUGCUAACGUGGAUAAAUUAACUGCUCAAGUACCAAAUAUUUAUAGCGCGUGGAACACUCAUUUCUCUACAUUCGAUACGGCUAGUAAAACUAAACUUGAAGCCAUUCCUGACGCAGCGUUAUUAAAUGCUAUGGAUGAAAUUCCAUCCAAAGGUUGUGUUACGGGCUUAGGUAGCAUAGAAUCUUCGUACUUACGACAGACCUGUCCUUGUGUAAACGAUUAUCAAAGUCCAGAUUUAGCUCCCUUGCUAGUUUGUCUAAAAUAUUUAACUCAAUUAGAGGGUCCUAUGUGGAGACUUAUCCGAGGACAAGGUCUGUCUUAUGGAUAUGAUAUUUAUCCCAAACUCAGUGAAGGAUUGCUGUAUUUAACAUUCUAUAAAUCUACGAAUAUUAUAGCAGCAUAUAAGGAAGCAAAAUCGAUCGUAGAAGCUCAUAUUUUUGAAAAUAAAUGGGAAAAAUUACUCUUUGAUUCGGCGAAGUCAUGUUUAAUAUUUGAGAUCAUUGAAAAGGAGCAAAGUGUGGGUGACUUGGUUUUACAAUCACUGUUGUCCUACUUCAAGAAUGUACCUCAUGAUUAUACUCAGCAAAUGGUGCAACGCAUAUCCGAAGUAACAAUCGAGGAUAUGGGUCGUAUAGCAUCUCAGUAUCUAAAACCAUUGUUUGAUCCAAAAGAAUGUAAAACAACUAUCGUUUGCCAUCCAUCUAAAGUACAAGAUAUAGUCGACGCAUUUAAAACACUCAAUCACGAUCUUAUGUCAUACAAUACCCUUGAGGAAAGUUAUUUAAACGAUUGGUAGGUUCAGAAUUUGGAAGAGUUCUUGGAACUCC